CACUGGAUUUGAGAGAGACACUCACAGCCCUUAAGAAUCCGGAUGAAGAAUUCUACACAGAUGGAAGCAGUUACAUGGUGCAUGGAGAGAGAAAAGCAUGGUAUGCAAUGGUGACAAUAACCAAAGAAAAAGAGUGGAUCCUUGACUUCUUCAGUCCUGGCAAACUUUACAUGAGAAUGACGUAUCCACGUGUUUUUCCCCUUUACAGGGGGACUUCUAAAGGCAUUGGUUGCUGUAUUGCAGAAUCACAGAAUGGUGAGGUUGGAAAGGACCUCUGGAGAUCAUCUAGUCCAACCCCCCUGCCAAGCAGGAUCACCUAGAGCACCUUGCAUAGGAUGGCAUCCAGGCGGGGUUUGAGUAUCUCCAGAGAAGAGAAUAUCUUCACAACCUGGCUGGGCAACCUGUUCCAGUGCUCUGUCACCCUCACAGUAAAGAAGCUGAGUUUGGCACCGGAAGGAUUUUAUGUACUUCUGGAUUUCCAAUACAUAUUGAGUUAACCUUUCAUCCCCUUCCAACAAGAGAGUCUUUGCUACUACGUAAGAGUUCAGAGUCUGCUAAAUAAUAGCUCAGCUGGUGUUAAUUCUAUUUGGUUUGGCCUCUGCAUUAUAUGCAUCAAAGCAAUUGGUAACAAAGAGCAUCACAGUCAGGCUUCACAACCAAGCCAGGAACUGAAAAGGCUCUGAGAAUCUCGCUACUGAACUUCUCUUGUGACUUCGCGGUAUUUCAUCACCAUGGACACACACAGCUUACUAACACCACCAUUGCUCAGAGAUCACAACUUAGCUAUCUGCAAAUGCCGUCUAGUAAGCCAGAAUCAGCAAGCCAGAAGGAGCUAUCUGGAAACUCUGUGAAGACCCCAAAAGCAGGAAAGUAUCUGUUGUGGACUCAGCUGUCUCUCUUAUAUUGCAGUUUGCCAGAAUUUGAUACCCCACUGUGGAAUAUGGCAUCCGUGACAAAGCAGAUUAAACAAGACACCACUGGUGCUGGGAAAAAUAAGCAAGGAGUAAGAACCAAGAAUGGAGAUAUAUACAAAGGAAUAAGUGAUAUGGAGACACUUGUCAAAGAGAGGAAGUCAUACUUGCAGAAAGAAUGCAAAAUUCUUACUGAACAUAUGAACACAUACAUGGGAAAAGUGGAGUAUUUCCUGCAGGAGAAUAAAUUCCUAGAAGAGGAAGCCCAACGGAAUCGGGAAGAGAGUAACAUUUACCUCUCCUACAUAACAAAACACAGCCAGAAGUGCCAGAAUCUAAUAAUAACACUAAAUGACCAGAACCAAAUUGAUUUGUCUCAGGUCUGGAAGCAGAAAGAGAAGCUAAUCUCGCAGUACACAGAAAAAGAAAAAGAGGUAAAAACCUAUCUGAUGAAUAUGGAGGCAAAGUAUUCUCUUAUGAACAAGGAAGUUGAAGACUUGCAGCAUUUCAAAGAUCUGCAGUUAGAACAGAUUAAAAAGAUUAAAGAGUUGGAGAAGGAAUUGUUGGUCACAAAGAUCCAGCAUUCAGAACAAAUGCACAAAAUCAAGAGCAGAUUUUUGCAGGCCAAGGCUGACUGUGAAGUGGACUCUCAUCAGAAGAUCCAGGUUCUCACCAAGAGAGCAGAAGAAGCAGCAAUACAAUCUCUAAUUCAGCAUAUCAAACAAGUACAAGCUGAGAAUCAGCAACUGCGCCAGGAGUUGCUCAGACUCAUCCAAUGCUCAAAAGUCCUUAAAGAAAUCAGAGUUCAACUGAGAGAGCAGCAGCAGCAGCUUCUUCGGGAGAACCAAUACACUCAGGAUAUGGCAUGUGUGCGUCACAGGUUACAUCAGCAUGAGGGACACAAUGCAAACUGGAAAACCUACAGCUCUGACAGCCCCUUUGGAUGUGGCCGUUAGCCUAAAGAAACAUUUCUCUAUUCCUCACUCAUGACACUGUAUCACUAAACCUAGCUGGACCAUCAACUGUUAUUACAACUAGUUAAGUAACAGAGUAUACAUAAAUAACCUGAAUUGCUGACAUGUUCUGUAGGUUGAUGAAAGGAUUCAUUUACAUAGCUCAUGCUCAGCAUGCAAUCUAGAUGAGAUCUUGAAAGCAACCUCACCUUUAACUUCCAUGACAUUUAUACCAAGACAACUGCAACUACACUCCUUUCAUUCCCCAAAAUAAACAAUGACAUUUUCUCUUUGAGAUCAGACAUCAAUUAAUAAUUUUCCACACACAAAUUAUACUCUUACACAUAGUGAGACAAACUCUAUGUUAACUUUCACUGCAAGCUACAUCUAUUGUUACCAUAAAAUGAAUUGAUGUAGGCCAGCUCCUGCUUCCAGCACUAUUUUUUCCAAAUCUUCAGCACAGCAGACUUUAUUAAUUUUAUCUUUUGUUAGUCUCCAAAAAAGAGAAAAUAAAUAAGCAAGUAACCAAAU